AUGGCUUUGGUUGGAGAGGCUUUUCUCUGUGCUUCCGUGCAGGUGCUGUGCGAGAAGAUUGGUUCUCGUGAGUUCAGGGACUUGUUCCGGGGAAAGAAACUGGACGAGUCGCUUGUAAAGAAACUGAAGAUAACGCUAUUGAGCCUCAAUGCAGUGCUUAAUGACGCGGAGGAGAAGCAGUUCACGAACACUUACGUCAAAAAGUGGCUUGAUGAGCUUCAAGAUGCUGUCUUUGAUGCGGAUGACCUUCUGGAUGAGAUAAAUGCUGAAGUUCUGCGAUGCAAGGUGGAAGCUGAAUAUCGAACCGUCAAAACUCAGGUGUGGAACUUCCUCUCUACUUCUCUUAAUCCAUUUUAUCAAGGCAUGAAUCGUAGGAUUCAAGAGUUGUUUGAUAGAUUAGAACACCUUGCAAAACAAAAGGAUGUGCUUGGCCUCAGAGAAGGUGUUGUUGGGGGGAAGAUUUCUCAAAGAACUCCAACAACUUCCUUGGUGGAUGAAUCUUGUGUGUAUGGUAGGGAUGGAGAUAAAGAAAAGCUGAUGAACCUCUUGUUAUCUGAUGAAGCAAGCAACAAGGAUGUAUCUGUCAUCACCAUAGUGGGAAUGGGCGGGGUUGGCAAGACAACCCUCGCUCAGCUCCUUUAUAAUGAUGACAAAGUCAAAGAGCAUUUUAAUCUUAGAACUUGGGCUUAUGUUUCGGAAGAUUUCGAUGUUACUAGGGUAACUAAAACCCUACUUGAGUCAGUCAGUUCAAAAGCUUACGAUAAUAAAGACCUGAGUUUUCUUCAAGUUGAGCUAGGACAACAAAUAAAGGGCAAGAAAUUUUUAUUUGUGUUGGAUGACCUUUGGAAUGAGAACUAUGGUGAUUUGAGUGUCUUGCAACGUCCUUUUGCAUCCGGGGCAAGUGGAAGUUGGGUCAUUGUGACAACACGUAAUGAAAGUGUGGCAGCUUGCAUACGUACCAUUCCGAUUCACUUUUUGGAACAGCUGUCCGAUGAGGAUUGUUGGUUGUUACUUUCAAAACAUGCCUUUGAAAAUGGAAACUCGGUGCAUCUAGAGCUGGAAGAAGUUGGUAAGAAAAUUGCUUCUAAGUGCAAUGGUUUACCUUUAGCUGCAGAAACACUUGGAGGCCUCUUGCGUUGCAACACAAAUUAUGAGAAAUGGAAUAGCAUACUAAAUAGCAAUAUUUGGGAGCUGCCUCCUGAAAAAUGUAAUACAAUUCCAGCUCUAAGAUUGAGUUACCAUUAUCUCCCAACUCAUUUAAAACGAUGUUUUGCUUAUUGCUCAAUUUUUCCGAAGGGCUAUGAAUUCCAAAAGGAAGAUAUUGUUCUACUUUGGGUGGCAGAAAGUUUAAUUCCACAAGCUGAGAGUGAGAAAAGAAUGGAAGAGCUCACUAAGAAAUAUUUUGAUGACUUAUUGUCACGAUCAUUUUUUCAAAGAUCAAGAAAUGAGAAGUUCACAAUGCAUGAUCUCAUCAAUGACUUGGCUAUGUCUGUGUCAAAGGAAUCCUGUUUGAGAUGGGAAGGGAAAGAAUCACAUGAAGUUUUGAAAAGAGUUCGGCAUUUGUCAUAUGCUGGAGGCGAAUUUGAUUGUGCUGCGAAAUUUGAGCCAUUAUAUGAGGUUAAGCAUUUGCGAACCUUCCUACCUCUAAGAAGAGAAUGGUAUGAAAAUUAUGUAAGUAAAAGGGUUUUACAUGAGUUAGUGCCAUCUCUAUUAUGUUUACGGGUGCUAACAUUGUCAAAAUAUUAUAAUAUAGUUGAGUUACCCAAUUCUAUUGGUAACCUCAUUCAUUUGCGCUACUUGGAUCUCUCUAAUACUCAAAUCAAAAGGUUGCCUUCUACAGUUUGCACUCUUUAUAGUCUACAAACAUUACUAUUGGCAGGUUGUCGGUCUCUUUUUGAAUUGCCUGCAGACAUGAGAAAAUUGAUUAACUUGAGGCAUCUUGAUUGUAGUGGAACUCAAAUUGAAGAGAUGCCGGUGCAAAUGGGUAGACUAAAAAGUUUGAGAACAUUGACUACUUUUGUUGUGGGGAAAUCUACUGGGUCGACUAUUGGCGAAUUGGGGGAGUUGUCCCAUCUUGGAGGAAAGCUUUCAAUUUUGAAGCUUAAUAAUGUGGUUGAUGGUAGGGAUGCCUUGCAAGCUAAUUUGAAGAACAAACAAGAUCUCAAGGAGUUAGAGUUGGCAUGGGUCUCCGAAGAUGCCGAUCAUUCCGUAAAGGUGAGAGAUGUACUUGACAAGCUCCAACCUUGCAUGAAUUUGGAGAAAUUGACCGUCAAACUUUAUGGCGGGACCAGCUUCCCAAACUGGUUGGGAGACUCUGCCUUCAAUAAAAUAAAAGUUAUGCGCCUUGUAGGCUGUCAUUAUUGCUUCGAGUUGCCACCGCUUGGACAGCUACCUGCUCUUAAGGAGCUCUUCAUAUGUGAGAUGAAAUUUCUUAGGACGUUAGGUCCUGAGUUGUAUGGUCAGCCAUUUCAGUCAUUUCAAUCACUGGAGAAGCGGGAGUUUGAGGAGAUGCCAGAGUGGGAGGAAUGGGUAUCGAGUGUAAGUGGAGGUCCAGACUUUCCUCGUCUCCAGGAGCUGAUUCUAAAAGAGUGUCCAAAGCUAAGAGGAAGCUUGCCUUGUGAUCUGCCUUGCUUGAAGAAACUUUGCAUGGAAGGGUGUGGAGUUUUGCAUGAUCAAAGGGCCACUGCUACUACUAGUACUAGUACUAGUACUAGUCUCAACUACAAUUCUCUUGAAGAAUUGGAAAUAGAAGAUGGAUGCCAAACAGGUCUGUUAUCAUUACUAGAGACAAAGCUCCUAUCCCGACUUUACAUUAGACGUUUUAAUGACAUACAGUGCUUGCCCAACAUCAAUCGUCUUAAAAGUUUGAGUCUCGCGAAUUGUCCAACCCUAUCGUCGUUCCCUGAAGAUGGCCUACCCACUUCGUUGACUUCACUUCACAUAUACAGGUGUAGGAGAUUAGAAUUCCUACCUCUUGAGAUGUUGGCACAAUUAACAUCGCUUCUCUCUUUGUGGCUAGUGAAUAGCUGUGAUUCAAUGAGGUCCUUCCCCUUGGGCAUUUUUCCCAAAUUGACGACACUUAAUAUUCUGAAUUGUGAGAAUCUGGAAUCUCUUUGCUUGAUUGAAGACGAAGAAGUGGUCGAGAAUCUCAGUCAUCUCAAUAAUUUGAGAAUCUCAAGCUGUCCAAAUCUGGAGUGUUUUCCCCAGGGAGGAUUGCCCACUCCCAACCUGACUGAUUUGGAAUUCAGCAGAUGCGAGAAGUUGAAGUCAUUACCUGAACGCAUUCACACCCUCACAGCCCUUGAAAGUUUGAAGAUAAGCGACGUUCCAAAUCUGGAGCCUCCCAACCUCCGAUAUUUUAGUAUUGAGAAUUGUGAGAGACUGAGGGCUUCAUCUUCAUCAGUGGGAGACUACGGUAACUGGGGUUUGCAAGCACUUGUCUCCCUUAAACAAUUUAGAAUUGGUGGCAGGGGAAGUGAUGAAAUCUUGGAGACGUUGCUCAAGCAACAGCUGCUCCCAACCACUCUUCACACUCUCAGUAUCUCUUCAUUAUCAACUCUGAAAUCUUUGGAUGGAAAGGGACUUGCACACCUUACUUUUCUUCGAAGUCUAUCUAUUACUGCGUGUAAAAGUUUGGAAUUCCUGCCAAGAGAAGCCCUUCAACACCUCACUUCUCUUCAAGAGCUAUAUAUUUAUGACUGUCCGAGUCUCCAAUUCCUGCCAGAAGAGGGUCUACCGCCAUCUCUUUCUUAUCUGAGAAUCUACAAUUGUUCUGGCCUGGAGAAAAGGUAUCAGAAUAAGACGGGAGAAGAUCAUUGGGACAGCAUAUCUCACAUUCCUUGCAUCCGGAUAAAUGCUGAAGUCAUCAUAUGAUGAUACGACCUCUCUCUCUCACAUAGAGACAAAUUUAAACAAACUUUGGUCAGACUUGAGAAACUUUCCCAUGUUUGGAGGUCAAAGCAACUUGUGUAGGCAAGCAUGCCCGGGGAGAGUUUUACCAUUGUAUAUGGAUUUUUGUUUUUCGACAAACAAAUUGCGGCAAAUAAGGGGAAGGAAAUGUUCUCAAGGUGGAGCUCUAGCAAGAGACCAGCAUUUGGACAAUGUGGUAAACGGAUCUCAAUCUAACAUAACAAGCAUCACUGUCCAUUCAUGAUUAGAGUGGGAGGAAGGAAGACCAGAAGGCCGGUGUCCAGAUUUUCCUCAUCUCAAGGACCUGAUUGUGUCUGAAACUAAGAGGAAGCUUGCCUUCUCAUCUUACUUGCUUGAAAGACUUAGCUUGUCGUCUGGGUGUGGGGUUCUACAUGAUGAAAGGGCCAGUACUACUCGUAACAUGGAAUAAUGUCUUGAAGAAUUAGAAAUAUAUGAUGGAUGCCCAGGUCUGUUCUCAACUUCUCAUUACUAGA